AAUUAGAAGACACCAAUCCUUCCUCUGAAAAAAAGGACACCCAACUCAAGUGCUACUGCAGAGUCAAUGGAUGCGGAUACUUCAUGUUUUGAGACGAGCGAGAUUCUGGCGACAUUUCUGGCGUCAACGCCGGUCUUAUCGGAGUCAUGGAGAUUGUGCCACCUCGCCAACACAAAUUCGCCGCGAAGUUUCCUGAUGGAAUCGAUCGGAAACGUGUGCUAUGUUGCUUUCUCCGGGAUACAAGAUGUCUUCGGGUCGGAUCCGAAUUGCGAAGGCUUGGUGCCUCUGGAUGCCAGCCUCUUCGCUCCGUUGCAUCGAUACGGUGAAGGAGAGGAGGUGAUCAUGGUGCACGCUGGGAUGCUGAAUCUCUUCUUGUCCAUAUGUGACAGUCCUAAUUUCCAAACCCAGUUAGGGCACGACCCAAAGGAGGUCGUUGUGAGCCAAGCCCGUGUGUGCAAUGUGCAACCCAAGAUGUCAAUAAUGGAGAGAGCUAAGUCCCUGGUGAUAACAGGCCACUCUCUAGGAGGAACAGCUGCUUCUCUUUUAGCAAUCUGUCUCCUCUGUCAAUCCUUGUUGUCAUCUUCUCAACCUUCAAUACUAUGCCUCACAUUUGGCUCUCCAUUGCUAGGAAAUGAAACCCUUCAUCGUGUGAUUCUCCGGGAAAGAUGGGCAGGAAACUUUUGCCAUUUCACCUCCAAAAAUGACAUUAUGCCACGACUGCUUCUUGCUCCAGUAGCUUCCUUCACUCCUCAAGUUCAAAUCCUUUUAGACUUCUGGCGCUUGUCCAUGACUUGUCCACACUUUGGACAGCUUGCUUGUCAACUAAAUGAUGAAAUUAAGUCUAGCAUUUUCCGCUUUGUAUUGUCUCAUCUGGAAGCUUUGGUACAAGUGGAAGGAUUAGAGAGAAGCCCAUUCUGGCCCAUGGGGAGCUAUGUCUUUUGUUCCCAGAGGGGUGCCAUUUGUGUAGAUAAUGCAGUCUCUGUCAUCAAGAUGAUGCAUUUGCUGCUGGUUGUGAGCUCACCUAAUUGUUCAAUUGAGGACCAUCUCAAUUAUGGAGAUUAUGUAGGGGCAGUUUCCGUACAAUUUUCGAAGGCUAGAAACUUUCCCCAGAGUAAGAUUCCUGAUUCAAGCUAUGAAGCAGGAGUUGCGUUGGCAUUAGAGUCCUUAGAAAUAACUCCUGAGGCACCGGUGGCAAUAAUGGGGCAAGACUGCCUGAAGAUGGCCAGGCGAAUGGGACGAACCCCAAACCUGAAUUGCGCCAAUCUAGCAAUAAGAUUGUCCAAGAUAACACCUUACAGAUCUGAGAUUGAGUGGUACAAGGCCUGCUAUGAUGAGGCUGAUCAUCAAAUGGGCUACUAUGAUUCAUUCAAGAUGAGGGGAGCCUCCAAAAGGGACUCCAGAAUCAAUAUGAACAGACACAAGCUUGCAGGGUUCUGGAACAAUGUGAUCCACAUGCUGGAAAAUAAUCUCCUACCACAUGAUCUUCCCAGGCGGGGAAAGUGGGUCAAUGCUGCGCACUUCUACAAGCUUCUUGUUGAACCAUUGGAUAUUGCAGAGUACUACAGAACAGGCAUGCACCACGUCAGAGGUCAUUACAGAAAACAUGGAAGGGAGAGAAGGUAUGAAAUUUUUGACAAGUGGUGGAAUGAUAGAAGGUUGGGAGAGGAAGGAAGCAAGAGAAGCAAAUUCGCUAGCCUGACUCAAGAUUCAUGCUUCUGGGCAAAGGUAGAGGAAGCUAGGGAGUUAAUAGAUAGCAUCAGAUGUGAGAGUGAUAUGAUGACACGAGCUACGAUUUGGAGCAAGAUUAAUGAGUUUGAAAGGGAUGCAAGAAAAUUGAUUGAGAGUAAGGAGGUCUCAAAAGAUGUACUCAAGAAGAACUCAAGCUACAGUCUUUGGGUAGAAGAAUGGAGAGAACUGAAAUCACAAAUGCAGCAUUUCCCUCACCAGUUUCCGAGUCUCUUGGAUGGAUAAGUUCCAUAGUCUAAAUUCUAGCACAUGUAGACUUUGGCAAAAUAUUUAUGAAAACAAGACAAGUAAAGAUGAAUAAUAUUAAUGAAGUCUU